AUGGCCACGGUGCCAUUAAUGGUUCAUGGAAGCAUUGAUCAGAGUCCUGAAGCCAUCGAAAAAUGGUUCGAUGAUCUCCCUCAAGCAAAGCCGAAGUUAACCAAAUUACAUUUAUACAUUCGGGAUAUCGUAUCAGGCGGCAACCCGACUGUUGUACAGAUUGCUGAGGCAAAAUUCAAUACUAGAAAAUCGAUGGCAACCGGCUUUGGAGGGACGUUUGCAUUUGAUGAUCCAAUCACAACCGGGCCGGAGUUUGAUUCCAAGAUCAUCGGUCGAGCUCAGGGGACCUACACCAGGAUAAGCCAGAGUGAUAGUGGUGUACUAAUGCUGGCUUUCAAUUUGGUGUUCACUGAAGGAGAGUACAAUGGUAGCACUAUUAGCUUUCUAUGUACUGAUUCAAUCUUCCACAAGUACAGAGAGUUGCCGAUAAUUGGUGGUUCUAGUUUUUUCCGGUUAGCUCAAGGAAUUGCGACGGAAGAAACUGUUAAUCUCGAUCCGGCCACUGGCGAUGCUCUGGUUGAGUAUAAUGUCUUCAUACUACAUUAUUGA